UUUCUUCUCUGUCACACAACACAAAACAAACAUUACUUACACACAUUUUCUCUCUCAAAAGUACAAUAUUUUUGGUUAUGCUUGAAUUACAAUCUUAUUGAAUUGAAUUCUUCAAUAGUUCAUGUACAUAUAUAGAUAUAUAUAUUUAUAAUUGGGUUUGUAAUGUUUGGUAGAGGUGGUAGUAGUAAUAAACCUUCUGCUGAUAGUUGUGUUGUGUCUGUCGGCGCAAGGUCACUUUCUGUCGGCAUUGUCUCUUUCCACUAUCCAACCAUCAUACAUACAUUCAUAAACUCUUGCUAAGAAGAAAAAAAAUUAUUUUUUUCAUUUCAAUUAAUAAAAUUAAUUAAUUAAUUAAAGUACAAAGAAGAGACAGAGAGGUUUUUUUCUGGGUUUUCAUUGCUUACAGAGUGGCACCACCACCUUUUAGGAAGCAUUUUCGUAUUUCAACUUCAACAAUUGUUUCUGAUCUUAAAAGGGUUUGUUUAUUUUGGUUUUUUUUUGUGUGUGUGCUGAAAAAAAAUUCAUUUUGUGAAACCAUUUUGAUGCAAUUGGUGCAUAUGAGGGAAGAAAGAGGGAGGUUUUUGGUCAAUCUUGAUUUUCGUGACCAGCAUUGGAAGGUUUCUGCAAAGUGUCAUUGGUAAAUGUAUCACAGGCUUUCUCAGAUCCUGCCUCAUUAUUUUGAUUUCACAAAAAGUUGGAUGUAUAAUAGUAGUUGGUGUAAAUUUGUAGAGCAAAAGUGAAGUGAUUUCCAUACCAGAUGUCAAAAUCUCUUGCAGCAAUAAUAGGAGGAGCUGCAGGAGCCGUGGCAUUGGUAGGGAUAUCGAUAAUACUUAUAUGGUUUUAUUUGUUUCGCCAAACAAGUGUUUCUAGGACUUCAGAGACAGGGUCCUCUGAUCCUUCACAAGUUGGUAGACAUGGUGGAAUUGAGUUGCAAAUGCGAGAUACUAGGCGUUUUGCGAUGGAAGAACUUUCACAUGCAACAAAGAAUUUCAAUGACAAAAAUUUAAUUGGAGAAGGGAAAUUUGGCGAGGUUUACAAAGGUUUACUUCAAGACGGAAUGCUUGUAGCCAUCAAGAAGCGUCGCGGAGUCACAAGUCAGGAAUUUGUUGAUGAGGUACGCUAUCUUUCAUCUAUUCAACAUCGGAAUCUCGUAACUCUUAUUGGAUACUGCCAAGAAAACAAUCUACAGUUUCUUAUAUACGAAUAUGUGCCUAAUGGAAGCGUCUCAAGUCACUUGUAUGGCGCUAGUCAACAACCGAGAGAGAAGCUAGAAUUCAAACAUAGACUCUCAAUAGCUCAAGGUGCCGCUAAAGGUUUGGCUCAUCUUCACUCUUUGAGUCCCCGUUUGGUGCAUAAGAAUUUCAAAACAUCUAAUGUUCUUGUCGAUGAAAACUUCAUUUCUAAGGUCGCAGAUGCAGGACUUCGUAAUUUCCUAGCCAGAGUUGAAAUUGUAGGCACAUCUUCUCAAGUUGCAACAGAUGAGAUAUUCCUAGCACCUGAGGUGAGAGAGUUCAGACAAUUUUCUGAGAAGAGCGAUGCAUAUAGCUUUGGGGUAUUUUUGCUGGAAUUGUUGAGUGGGAAGGAAGCAACAGAAUCACCCCAUCCAAACACCAAUCAGAAUCUGGUCGAAUCGGUGUUAAGUAAUCAAAACAACAGCACUAUGAAUACAAUCAUUGAUCAAAGAAUGGAGUGUAGAUUUACAGCUGAAGGCAUGGAAAGUUACAUCCUACUGUUAAUAAGAUGUUUGGAUCCUUCAAGUGAAAGAAGACCUGCGAUGAGCUACGUGGAAAUGGAACUCGAUCGAAUCAUCGAAAAAGAAAUGAACUUGACAACAAUGAUGGGUGAAAGAACACCAACCGUGACUCUCGGAAGCCAAUUAUUCAAAUCAAAUAAAUAAAUAAAAAGACUGUAUUAUUUUCAUAAAUUGUUGCCUAUAUUAUAUUUGUGAAUUACAUAUAGGGCUAGCUGCUUCACAAGUGUAUUAUAAAAAGGAGUUGUAUCUAUCCCUUGUUUUUUUUUCCUGGGCCAAUGAGCAGUUGUAUUCUUUUAUUUUCCCCUAAUGAUUUUUGGGGUUCAUAAAUAUAUCAGAUGAGAUCUCUUGUAAGCAAUUAUUUGUUGAUAAUAUGACAGUGAAGAUUGGUUGGUGUGGUAAACUAUUUAUCAGUUUUUUUCUUUAA